UGGGCCACUAGUCUGAGCUGCCUUUCUUCCCACAUCCAGAGGAAUUAACACGAUUCUCCCCUCCCUUGUGCUCCACCUCCCCUCCCCAGCCCCCACCUGACCUUCACACCUUCCCAACAUUAGGGAAAGGAAGGAAGUUUUCCCUGUGGGUUUUCUUUGUGAUGAGAGGAGGAGGCAGAUUAAUCAAUGGGGGAAAACCCCCGAGAAAGCACACGCCUUCUUGUGUACAUUCCCAAUAUUUUGCUAUAAGUAGAGCUGGAGCUGGAGCAGAAGAACACUCACAGGGCACUGGGUACCCAGCACUGAGCACCCAGCACUGAGUGGAUCACUCCUGGAGCUGAGAAUGUUCUGCAGUGGCAAAAGCCUGCUCUUCCUUGCUUUGGCAUGGGUGUUGCUUGCUCACCUCCACAGCCAGUCAGAAGCAGCAAGCAACUUCGACUGCUGCCUUCGGUACACAAAGAGUGUCAUUCCUUCCAAAGCUAUUAUAGGUUUCACAGAACAGCUGGCUGACGAAGCUUGUGAUAUUAAUGCUGUCAUCUUUUACACCAAAAGGAAACUGGCCGUGUGUGCUGAUCCAAAGCAGGCCUGGGUGAAAAGGGCCGUGCGCCUCCUCAGCCUGAGAGUUAAGAAGAUGUAAAAACUGAUGCUUUUCUGGAUGGAAUUGGACACAGUCCAAGGAUGAAAUGCUCACACACAGCUGGGAUUGGAGGCUUCACCUGCACAUCACUGUACAGACCUGAUUUGUGUCUCACUGGACUUGUCCAAUGGAUGAAGUUGAUUCAUAUUGCAUCAUAGUGUGUCUUGUUUAAGCUCGUAUUAGAGUUAAGUUGUGUUUUAUGUUAUUUAUAGAUCUAGGUUUUCUAUGUGUAGCUAUUUAAUGUUAAUUUCCCACAAGCGAUGGGAGGGCUUAAUGUAAGGUAUAAUAUUAUGUUUAAGGGAAUAGGAUCAUGUAGACGUUCCCAUAGGCAAUAAGCUAUUGUAAAAAAUAUUUAAUUUUCUUCUGUGUAUUUAAUUGUUUCUUAAAUUGAUGUAAUUGCCUUAUCAAGCAGAAAGUAAUUACGAUUAUAUAUUGAAAAUAAAAGGACUGAAAAGUUA